UUUCUUAAAGUUCCUUUGACCGGUAACAACCAACACAACACUAGGAAAAAAUUGUUGACAUUUUUUUGUGUUUUCGUGUAUCAAAGCAAAUACAAUGCCACCAAAUCAAAAUAACUUAAAUAAUCAAUCAGAACGAUUAAAAAUCGCCAUAAUUGGCCAGUCUCCUUUUGCGGUGGAUUGUAUGAAUUUGUUGAAACAACAUGGCCAUAUUAUAGUGGGUGUUUUUACCAUCGCGGACAAGGGUAAAAGAGAAGAUCCUUUGGCCAAGGCAGCAAAGGAAAGCGACAUACCUCUGUUCAAAAUCAAAGCAUGGAGGAAACAGGGAAAAGCUUUGCCAGACAUUUUGGAACAAUAUAAAAGCGUCAACGCCGACUUAAAUGUUUUACCAUAUUGUUCGCAAUUUAUACCGAUGGAAGUAAUAAAUUAUCCCAGGUUCAAGAGUAUUUGCUACCAUCCCUCUAUUCUACCGAGGCACAGGGGGGCCAGCUCAAUUAAUUGGACGUUAAUAUGCGGCGAUAAACAAGCUGGACUUAGUAUAUUCUGGGCAGACGAUGGCUUAGAUACAGGUCCGAUUUUGCUCCAAGAAAAAUGCGACGUGCUUGAAAACGACACCGUUGACACGAUCUACAAGCGUUUUUUGUACCCCAUCGGCGUUACGUCCAUCGCACGUGCCGUGGACAUGGUUGCCGAUGGAACCGCCCCGCAAACCGUCCAAACAGAAAAAGGCGCCACCUACGACCCCAUGCUCAACAAACCAGAACUUCAAAAGAUCGAUUGGAGUAAAUCGGGUCAGGAUUUGCACAACUUUAUAAGAGGCAUGGAUUCCGUGCCAGGGGCUUCGUGUAUGGUUAAGUUACCUGGGGAAGUCGAUUUUCAGGAGGUUUUACUUUUCGGUUCUUCGAUUUGGAUCAAUGAAGUUCCGGACGAUGGUCAGAGAAUACAAAUUAAAGGCACCGACGAUGGUAUUUUGCACGAUGAAGGUUUAAUUUUGACAGGGGCUGAUGGAGUUAUGGUUAACGUUAAGAAAGUCAAAAUUGGAGGUCGCAUGAAGAAUGCCGCGACCUUGGACCAAGUCCAAAAAACUGUAACCAUAGAGUACACGCAGGAAGAAAAAUUACUGGUUGAGAAUGUCAGAGAAAUUUGGGAGAACAUUUUGAGCACCGAUAUAGAAGAAAACACGGACUUUUUCGAGUGUGGAGCUGGCUCAAUGGAUGUUGUGAGACUGGUGGAAGAGGUGAAAGACCUCGUCAAAGUGGAACUUGAAAACGAUGAUGUUUUCAUGAACCCCAACUUUAGCGACUUUUGUUUGAACGUUGUCCAAAAAAGCAGGGGUGGCUCAGGCGACAUCGAAGUCGAGUACAGGGCCGUAGAAAUGAACAUCAACAAAAUGAACAUAAAAUUUCCCUGUCAAUUGUUUAUAAACGGCAAAUUCGUCGACAGCGAAAAUUGCAAAACCACGACGAGCAUCAACCCCGGCACUGAGGAGGCCAUCUGUGAGGUGCAGUGCGGAUCGGUAAAUGACGUCGAUAAAGCUGUCAAAGCGGCCAAAAAAGCUUUCGAUUCGGGAGAAUGGAGUAAAAUAAGUCCUAGAGAAAGGGGGCAACUUCUAUACAAACUGGCAGAUUUGAUGCAGCAACAUAAAGAAGAACUGGCAACCAUAGAGUCCAUAGAUUCGGGCGCAGUGUAUACUUUGGCCCUUAAAACCCACGUGGGUAUGAGUAUUGAAACUUGGCGCUACUUUGCCGGCUGGGCCGAUAAAAUACACGGUUCCACGAUACCCGUGAACCAUGCCAGACCCAACCGCAACCUAAGUUUCACCAAGAAAGAACCCAUAGGUGUUUGUGGACUUGUCACGCCUUGGAACUACCCGCUGAUGAUGUUGUCUUGGAAAAUGGCCGCCUGUCUGGCAGCUGGCAACACUGUAGUGAUCAAACCGGCGCAGGUGUGCCCUCUGACGGCACUCAAGUUCGCUGAAUUGUCGGUGAAAGCUGGAAUACCUCCAGGUGUCAUAAAUGUCGUGCCUGGAACUGGUUCUGUAACGGGAAACGCUAUCGCCUCGCAUCCGCUAGUGCGGAAGUUGGGUUUCACCGGAAGCACUGAAAUUGGACAGGUCAUAAUGAAAACAUGCGCAGAUUCGAAUUUAAAAAAGGUUUCGUUGGAAUUGGGUGGCAAAUCGCCGUUAGUCAUUUUUUCCGAUUGCGAUUUGGAGAAGGCUGUGAGAUUGGGAAUGCAAAGCGUUUUCUUCAAUAAAGGCGAAAAUUGCAUAGCAGCCGGUCGAGUUUUCGUCGAAGCUGAAAUACACGACGAAUUCUUAAGACGAGUUAUACAAGAAACCAAAAAAAUCUCCGUGGGAGAUCCGUUGAACCGUUCCACAGCACACGGCCCCCAAAAUCAUUUAGCUCAUUUAAAAAAGCUGCUGGAAUUCGUGGAAAUCGGCGAAAAAGAGGGCGCCAAACUUGAAUUCGGCGGCAAAAGGUUAAACAGGCCGGGAUAUUUCUUCGAACCCACGAUUUUCAGCAACGUAACUGACAAUAUGUUUAUUGCCAAGGAAGAAUCCUUCGGUCCCAUAAUGAUCAUCAGCAAAUUUAACAACGGAGAUGUUGACGGAGUGAUAAAAAGAGCGAAUAAUAGCGAAUAUGGUCUUGCUUCGGGAGUUUUUACCAAAGACAUAUCCAAAGCCCUAAAGUUUGCUGAAAAGAUUGAGGCCGGAACAGUUUUUGUAAACACUUAUAACAAAACUGAUGUUGCUGCUCCUUUUGGCGGUUUUAAACAAUCAGGUUUUGGAAAAGAUUUAGGCCAGGAUGCAUUAAAUGAAUACUUGAAAACUAAAUGUGUUACCAUAGAAUAUUAGAAUGUUAAGAAAUGUAUUAUUUUUUUAUUUAUAAAUAUAUAUUUUUAUAA